AUGCAGUUCAAGCUCGCCGUAUUCGCCGCCAUUGUCUCCGCUAUCGCGGUCCUCGCCGCCCCCGCCGCACCGCCUUGCAACCCCGCGAGCUCCAGCUCUGCCUGGGAGCCCACCACCACGUCCAGCGACACCUGGCCUACCACCACUUCCACUGACACCUGGGAGCCCACCUCCACGUCCACCGACACGUGGCCCACCACCACGUCCACCGACACCUGGGAGCCGGCCUCGAGCUCCAGCUCUGCCGCGCAGCCGGCCUCCACCGCCGUCUCCGGCUCGUGCAACGCCGGCCCUGUCUCCUGCUGCAACACCGUCGAGUCCGCGAAUAACCUCAGCAACGGCACCAGCACCCUCAUGGGAAUCCUUGGUAUUGAUGUCAGCAACCUGUUGAACGACGUCGGCGUGGGGUGCUCCUCGCUCGCCGCCGGGGCUUCUUGCUCUGCGAGCGUGCUGUGCUGCGAGAACAACACCUACAACGGCCUCAUCAACAUCGGCUGCGUCCCGAUCGGCGUCUCCUCGUGA